UCCCUUUCAUGUAUUGGUCUCUUUAUUGGUCGGAUCCGGGUGGGGAAACCGGUGGAAAUCAAAGCCCGAUCUUCCCGACAGGCAACAGGCAACAGGCAAAUGCUUCGCGCUUCAUCGGGUUCACUCGCAAACGCUUCUGCUCGUGCUUUGCUGGUUGAGAGAGAAUCUUCAGACUCGCCGAAUCGAUAUGGCGGAGAGCGACGGCGAGCCGGUGGGCGAAACCGCGUCCAUGACGACCGUGUCCCGGCAUUUCUUCGGCGACGGACCUGACGAACCGGCCUUCUCCAUCUCGAUCAUCGAGAACAUGAAAGAAGAGUACGGACUAUUCGUAUGGCCGUGCAGCGUCGUUCUCGCCGAGUACGUCUGGCAACAGAGAUCGCGAUUCGUUGGUGGAGCCAACGUUGUCGAGCUUGGUGCUGGAACUUCUCUGCCUGGCUUGGUUGCUGCGAGAUUGGGUUGCGACGUUACGCUUUCGGAUGAUGCCGGCAGAUCGGAGGUGAUGGACAACAUGAAACGAGUAUCUCAGUUGAAUAACUUAAGUUGUAAAGUGGUGGGGCUCAGUUGGGGAGUUUGGGAUGAAAUUAUCUUCAGUUUAUUCCCUCAGUUUAUACUUGGAGCAGAUGUUUUGUAUGAGGCAAGUGCUUUUGAUGAUCUCUUUGCGACGGUGUCGUUCCUUCUCCAAAAUUCUCCAGGAUCAGUCUUCAUUACUACUUAUCAUAACCGAAGUGGGCAUCAUCUCAUUGAGUUCUUGAUGGUAAAAUGGGGGUUGAAGUGCAGAAAACUUCUUGACGGCUUUUCAAUAAUGCCAUCCAGCAAGGCAUCUAAAAUAAGUGGCAACAUCCAGUUGGCAGAGAUAGUAUUGAAUGCUGAUAAGGCUUAGGCAACCAGUGUUAUCAACUCGGCAUGAUUCUUGGAAGAGACUGGAGAAUGAGCAGAUUGAGUUUCCUGACGGCAUCUCAUAUGUUUCUGGAUGUAUUACAUACAACUGCUCUGGCUUUCAUCCUCUCUUCCAACAUGACCAUGGUAGGGGCUACUUUGGUCUCUAGAAAUGGUUUACUUUCCAACAAGAAAUCGCUUCUCAUUAUUCUCCCCAGAAAAUUCCUGUUAAGCUGUUUGAUUGUAGCAAAGAACUUUAGUAGGCUUAUGAUUGGUGUGUGUUCAUAUUGGAACAGAAGCCAUGUGAAAUCUUUUUCUUGAUGUCAUCUUUCUCUCUAAUGGAUGAAAAGCAUAAGUGAGAAGAUAUGGAGCUUGAUGUGGUAUCUAGGAGGAGAUUAUGCAACUUUUGAGAAAAUCCAUCCAGGAGUAAAAGAGGAUUGAGAAACUCCCUAAUGGUUGUUCUAGGAUUACUGGGUUUCUUCUUAUCUUACUUGAGUUACUAUGAAAAUACAUCCUGUGCAUCUUUGUUUGGAUAGACUUCAACUCGGUUUGAUUUAAGAGAUAAGAGGUUUAUGUGCAUGUAUUAAUGCAUUCGUUCGGCUUUUAUGUUGUCUAUAUUGUUUCCGCUGAGCUAAAGAUGAGACCAGUAUCCGGUGCAAUAAAAUGGUCGAACUGGAGAGUCAAUACCCUGUGGGCCGUGGCUGAUGUUAUUUCUCCAGUUGCUGCUGAUAAUUUUUAGGGAAAAUUGCACCAACGGCUCAAUGUGCAACCAAGUCUUAAACGUUUGAAAAAUUACAAUGUAGUCCUAAAUGUUUUAAAACCGAUGCAAGUUAGUCUUUCUGGCGACAGCUAAGGCUCAGCCAAUUUUGCUACUGUGGCAUGCCAGAAAAACUUGAUUGCACCGAUUCUAAAUCAUUUAGCACUUAGAUUGCACUAUACUCAAGAUUUGACUGCACAUUGGUCCAAACGUUUAGUAGGACGCCUUGUGCAAUUUUCCGACAUCUUUAUAAACCUUUUCCUGAAGUUAGGUCCCUCAAGCAUUAUUUCCUCUUGUAUUGUCUAUACAUAUUUUUUCCUCUGCUAUAUGGUUUGAGGCUCAUUUGGAGAGAGUUUCUAUUCUCACAAUGUAAGCCAACCCCAGUUUGUGCUCGGCUCUUGGUUUAUUUAAUGGUCUAGACAUGGCAUUAUAUUAUAUCUACUCUAGACUGAUUUCUUUUUGUUCAGGCUCGUUUAAGGCUUAUACGUAAAACCAUUUGACAGUUUAAUUUUCAUUUUGCUUCAGACAACCAUUCGAUACUCUAAACGCAGAGAGCCUCCAUCGACAUCAGAUGCUGCAGAAAGUGCUGGCGUAAGUUUCAAGAUAUUGGUCCUUAAAUGCGAGAGAAGUUCCAUUAAAUGCUGCAGAAAAUGGUGAUUCGAUCGACUAUUGAUACCUUACUUGUGUGAAGCUUCCGACAGGCCCAAAAAGCGGCACCAGGCGGCUUCUUCAGCGUGUGAUCUCCUGGAAUGAUUGAUGUGAAUUUGCCUUUCAUCUGCAAGGAAAUAUGUAGCGAUGGCGCAACAGGUCGAAGGCCGAAACAUCAAAUUAACCUUCUAGUUACUCUGCUAGGCGGAUUUAUUUGCACUUAAAGUCUGCAGAGCUGCUGUGCUUCUUUAGCUCUUCUAAUGCUUGGUCCAGAGACAACGAUUCCGGGAUUUUCUCAUCCUACAUGCUUCUCAUACAGCA